AUGUAUCUCCAAGCCUCCGCGCCAGACAUGCCGGUUUUCCCUAAUCCUCAUCCAGCUGACACCGGCAAUCUUACGUGGGAUAUAUUCUACUCAAAAUUUGGCCCAUCUGGAGAAGUGCCUAGACCUUACAGAAAAUCAGAGCUAAAUAAUAUUAUUAUUCUCAAGGAGUGCUACUGUGACCUUCUCAAACUAUCGGAGUAUUCUUUGGGAUAUUCCAGUGCUAGUUCCUUCAGAAGAUAUUUAGUAGCUCCUAGUUUAUUCCUUUCAUUGAUCCAUCGACGACGCGCUGGCGCAACGGACACAGCACUGAUGUCAACAUCAGAAGAAACGCUAAAACACGGUCUGGCAAACAAAUGCGCGUCGCGGGAGACAUCCUCCUGUAUCGCGAUUGAGCUCGUUGGAUAUGUUGACAGAAUGUUGAGAACCGCUGCCUUCCAGCUGUCUGAUGACUUGAUGAUUGUUGAUGAGAGCAACGGUGCCGCAGCUGAGAUGCCAAUUAGGCCAGAGACUUUGGCGCGGGCUGGUACCACACUAGAAGACCAGGCGCAACAGGUUAUCCUAGACAAGCUCUGGAACUUCGCCACAACCCGUUCGUUGAGAUACAGACUUUUGGACAACGCUGACGUUGUCAUUGCUGGCAAGAAAGAAAAGGAUGGCACUUUGGGUGUUGGAGUAUCACUGAAGGCCCACAAGGCAAUUGAGAGUGGAAGAGCCAGGAAUAAGAAUAUUGGUCCGUUCCUGGCGGCUGCAGCAAUGAAGUUCGGUCUCCUAGGUGCACUGACCUUCAAGGGUCUCUACCUGAUGGUAGGAAAGGCCCUUCUGAUCUCUAAGAUUGCCCUUCUCCUCGCCACGAUCAUCGGCCUGAAGAAAUUGUUCUCUCCUCAGCUAAAUGACGUCAAAUACGAGGUGUUCACUGACUCCCAUCGGUAUCACAACGAAGAGUGGGCUGAGCAAAAUGAUUCGGGAGAAAUUGGUAAUUACGCUAAACCUUGAAUAAAGGAUUUAUUGCAACUA